AUGAAGGCAUUCGCUCAGACGCUGGAGCUGAAGGACGACCCGGCGCUUAUUGCUGAGUACCUUGAGUAUCACAAGCGCGCUAUGGGCAUCACUACCAUGCGCAUCUUCGUUCACGGUAACCGACUGUUCAUGUACGCAGAGGCGCCGGAUGACUUCGACGCUGCCAGAGACUAUCAGAAAUACACUGCAAGUGCGCGUGCUCGUGAGUGGGACGAGCUGAUGAGGAAGUACCAGCAGCGGGUGCCAGCAGCGUCGUCAGACCUAGACGAGUGGUGGUCGCCCAUGAACCUUUGCUUUGACCUUUCAGAACAGCUGCAGGAGAGUACUACAUCCAGUCCAAGCCCUACGCGGAAUCCAUAG